AUGGCAACUGGUGAUCUGACCAACAAUAUUAGAAAACUUCAGAAAGAACUGAAGAUCAUGAAGUACCAGGAAAGUUUGGAUUUGAAUGGACUUGCACAGGGUAAGGCCUCAGCCCUUCUUCCCAUCUACCACUACGCAUUUACCACAUACAGCUGUUCCAUAGCAGAACUGAUUGCUAGUACAGACACAGAGUUGUAUACUAAGACAGAUCUACGAUUUAUGGAGGGAUGCUACAAGAUUCUGAGGGACUUGUUUCAUUAUAAACCUCCUGUUACAAAGGAACAGUUUUUCAACAAUGGUUUUGUUGAAAGAAAAAUUAUCAUGUGCACAGAAGUGAUGAAACUGAUUCAACAAAAGAAUAAGUCUCUACAGCCUCAGAAAAAGGCACCCACAACAACGACUAGUAACCUGGGACAGGUGGUCUCCAUGAAGCCUAACAAGGCAAAAGUGACUGACCUGACCCAAGUAAGACCUAACAACUCCAGGAGAUCCAGGUCAUCCAUAGAAACCUAUGGUUCACAGAGGGAGGGACUAUCAGACCCUAAGAAUGUGGUUGUUUCUCCUCGCUCACUGACAGAUGUUGACCAUCCUCAGCAGGUUGUCAAUGAAUUACUUCAACCAGUUGAGAACAUUCCAAGGCAUACAGCUCACCAUGGAUCAAAUAACAAAUUACUCGACAACCACUCACCAAUGAAAGAUGCUGACACAUCUUCAUCAGAAUCUUUAGACCAAGCCAUCACACAGAGGUCACCUCCAGUUCAUGUAGCCAGUGUGACCUCUCCACCUAGGGUCACCAAAGAGGUGCUGCCAUCUGCUGGUAGAAAUGUUAGAGGAUUUAAUUGGGCAGUUGUCACUCCUAGCAUUGCAAAAACCAGAUCGUCUAUUCCAUUUUCUAGUGAUAUCCCAGGUCAUGCUCAGUUCUAUAUGGAGGAGGAUGAAGAUGAUGAUGAAGAAGAAGGUAUAGAGACAGUCAUGGCUGCUACACCAGCACAUUCCAUCAUGGAGCCUCAUAAUGGGGAAACAGUUGAAACAGAGAGAAACAGCAACAGCAAUCCUCAACAGCCUCAAGCUGGCCAGGACAGCCAGCAUAUGUUAAAUGAAACUCAUAUACUCAAGGCAAUAGAACAGCUGACUAAGUGUUUUGGGACUCUAGAGUCUGGAUUAACUAGGUCUAUUGAGUCUCUGAAUGCACGCAUGAUUCUUGUAGAAAACAGAGUUUCUAUUAUGGAAAGCAAGAUCGAGGCAGUUGUAGCUGGUUCUCAACGAAAAGAGGUGCCGACUUUACCACCGUCUACUAAUCACAAUGUAGCAUCUCAGCGAUCUGAAAUGUCUGGUGGUGUUACCAAUCUUCACGAUCAGCGGCAGCAGAAUUAUAUCACAACAGAAAUUACCAGACCUCCUAGCAGCACUACUCUAAAGAACAAAGCAGAUAAUCCUGUAACAGUGUCAGGACAGGAAAGAAACAAUACAGAGCCUCAACAGAUUACCACAAAUCAGACAACAGAGAAAUCUCCCAAGUACAAAGCUCCUCCGUAUCAGUCUGCCUUGUAUGACGAGUCAACUCUGGUCAUGUUUUCACCAAUUCGUCAUGUGGCAAGUACCCCUCACCAACACAGAACUCCAGAAACAACAUUUUGUUCCACUAAUAAUGACACAACUGACCCACGGCGAUCCAGUACCCCAGAACACAAUACUGUUGAGAUGGACACACAGAUAGUGCUGGGGGAAUCAAUGAACCUCCCAACUGGGGAUACAGACACCCAGAGUCAAGUGAACAGGAUUAAAAAUCUAUUUAAAUCAACAGAAGUUAUGCUGAAAAACUAAAGAAUGAGGGGGAAAAGAUGACAAUUUGUAUGAAGUGUAAAGAGAAGAGUAUUAAAUAAAUGCACUAGUAGUUUAAGUAGCAUUUUACUUGAUUGAUCAUAUAUUGUGAGCAUUAACAACUACCUCAUGUGUCAUAUAAACAAAGUCCUAGUGAUAUGUCAUAGUGAGAAUGCACUGUUAUUUGUUGUUAAUAAAUUAAUA